AUGAAUGAACUUUCUAAUCGUCAGAAAGAUAUGAAAGAAGACUUUGAAGAAGCGAACAAAUUGUUUAAUUCUAAGCUUAAAUUGUUAGAUGAUUAUGUAGAGAAGACGCAUAAGCUAGAACAAUCUGUUAAUCAUCAACAGCAGCAAAUAGAAAACGUGCAACAUCAGCGAAUUCAAACUAGUCAUGUGAUUUAUCAUGAGCCGGAGAUAUCUGUACUGGAGACAACGCCAAUUCGCCAAAAGACCAUCGACGUGCGCCCGCCGGGUGUGAACGUUGCCAAUAGUCUCUUGGGCGCGACGAUUGAUCAGAGCUGCUCUUCCCGCACGGUUUCUUCGCGUGAUGGAUUGCUAUUUGAUAUGCUCAGUUAUUUUAUUAACUUUAAAUCGGGAUAUGUCCUUCUUGACCGUGAAGUUCUCACACCGGGUGAGACUUGGUGUACCUAUGACGCAAAACCAACGUUGACUAUAAAUCUUGCCAGAUUUGUUCACCCAACGGCAGUUUCUUAUCAGCAUGUCAAAUGGAGUGGAAUCAUACCCAACUAUGCACCAAAGAUUUAUGAUGUGGUGGCUUGUCAUUCACCAUGCUGUACUGAAUUCACUCCUGUGGCCUUGAAUUGCCGCUAUGAGACAUCUGAAGAUGGCGAAGAUAUUCAAGAGCAGUUUUGUCAUGUUACGGUAAGUGUCCAUCUCGAACCUAUUAAUCGUGUUCAGUUCAGAUUCCGAGAGAAUCAGGGGAAUAUUACCAAGACUUGUGCUUAUCUUGUUCGUGUAUACGGCCAUGUUGCCGAAAAUCCGAAGCAAGAUUCUGUCCAGACGGAAACCGAACAAUCCAAAUCUGCUAUUCAUAACUAUAUGCCAUCGUUUGACUAUUUCACGACUGAAUAG